CGCGCUUUACUUGAUAUUGUGAUUAUUUUAUUAUUAUUUAUCAUACAGAGAAUUUUCAUCUAAUUCAACUUCAUGGAUAUUUACCAUCCUUAAUUAUGGCUUCACAACAUCUGAUUGGAUCACUGGAUAACCAAGAUGGUGCUCAGUUGGUCUCCAGACAUCUGGCUUUUAGCGGUAAUAUUCGUAAAGCAAUGCCGACGAACGUAGACGUUAACGACGAAAGACCAACCGAGUCCCCAAAUAACAGCAGAACUUCAGGCGAUGCUUGUCUACAGCCCAGCGGUGCCGUUCCUCUCGCCGCUGUCGGUAUAGCAUGUAAUGUAGUCCCCAGUAAAUUGAUGUUGGUUAGACAUAUAGCUGGAGGAGAGCCACCGUCUAUUCACGUCCGUUGCACCCGCUCUCCGGCGAGGACCACUUUUGAUGUAACAGAGACUAAUGUAUUAGGCAACGGUGCUCAUGUCUCAUCUAUUCGUAGGGAACUGCAUAGCAGUAUUGAAGAAGAUGCCUCACAUUUAGGAAACCAGUCGUGUGUCGGGUCCAGAAAAUUCAUCUCCAGUUUUGAUAUAAAAAGAGUUACCAAGAACAGAACCAAGGCCCACACAUCAAGAGCAUGUCAGCCAAGACCUUCCUCAAAGACUUCUCGUGUAAACAUUGCUAAUUACCGUCCAGGAUAUACAUGGAACAAGGGUGGUCGUCUCAAGGAAAUACGGAUCAGAACUGUGGCCCGCAAGUAUUAUAGAAAGUGGAUGGUUGCUGUGUUUGGUUCGGUGAGCCCUGCAGUUGCCAGGGCCCAUUGGCGUCGAUGUAUUUUGCGUAAAACAUUCUCGGUAUGGUAUGAUAUCUGGUGGGUUCAACGAAAAGAAUGGCGGAUGAAUAUAAGGGCAAUUUGUCUAUUGCAAUAUCAACGACGCACCAAAGUCCUACACAGGUGGAAGCAGUUUGUCCUACUGUCUAAAGAGAAGAGAUCCAAGUUGGCAUUGGCCUCCUCUCAUCAUUCCAGAUAUUUGAAGCAGAGAAGCUUAACCCUGUGGCAACACUACUUAAGAAGACGACACAGCAAGAGCCAGAUGUCAUUGCUUGCCGAGGAUUUCCACACACAUAAACUGCUCAGGCGAAGUUGGUCCCAGUGGCUUCGAGAGAUAGACACAGCAGCCAUCCGGAAAGAGCAAGAGAGAAUAGCCACAUCACUGUAUCACUCGCACAUCCUGGCGAUUGCUUGGAAGAUCUGGUGCCGAGCCAAUGAGGACAUAGAAGCACAAAUGCAGCUCUCUGAGAAAGCCUUGCAACACAGACAUUGCUUCCUUCUUCGACUGACUUACACCAAGUGGAUGUCAUACAUUGCUCUGAGACGUGAGAAGACCUACCUGAAAUCUGUUGCAGAUAAAUUUUUCAAAGAGAAAAUAUGCUACCAGAGUUUUCAAGCUUGGACCCAUCAGCUAUGGGCUUGUCGUGCUCUCAAGGCCAACGAGGAUUACUUGAGAAGCUUACGACAGCGUUCUUCCUUGCGGACCAUGUGGCUUCACUGGAGAAUUUAUAUAGAAAUGUGUAAACAGAAGAGAAAUCAAUUUUUUGUUGCUGUGAACUAUUAUAGAUUACGUUUACUGAAAUAUGGAAUGGCAGGUUUUUAUUUAAACUGGAAUCAGAAGAAAAGGUUGCGGACCUUGAGCAAUUUGUGUAAGGGGAUCCAUAAAAGACAGUUGCUGAAAAUGUCUUGGAACUGCUGGUCCGACAAGCUUGACUUGAAGUAUGACCAACGACUUAUCCCCUUGACACAAAGAGCUCAAAGUUUCUAUCGACUUCAUCUUCUUCAGAAAUUCUUUGAUGCUUGGUUCCAUUAUACAGCCUGGAGAAUUCAAUGUCAGGCCCAACGCAGCAGAGCCAAAGCUCACUUCUAUGUAACCAUUUUACCAAAGGUGUUUUACCACUGGACAUUGUAUGUUGACCAACAGAAGUACCAACGGGCCAUGUCACAGCAGGCUGAAGAAUACUGGAGAGAUAAUUUGACAGCCAAAGUCUUUGCUCUUUGGCAAGAAGCAGCUGUGAAGAAACAUGAAGUACGUCGUAUGGAAGUAAUGGCAAUUCUCCAUUACAAUAGAGUAACAAUGUGCAAGACUCUAGCAACAUGGAAGAAACGGACCUCACAGUGCCACCUGGUGGAUGAAGCUUGUUACCAUCGGCAGAAGGCUGCACUGCGGAAAUUCUUUCUGGCUUGGAGAGAAUAUAUAGAGGACAUACACAAUAUGAAUCGUCUGGAAAUGCUUGCAACAGUCUGUUACUACAGCCACAUUCAACGCAGAUGUUUGACAGCCUGGAUUCAGUUUCAUCAAACGUGUCAACAGAAGCAAUUGAUCUACAAACGUGCACAGCAACAUCAUGAAUCACAUCUGUAUUGUAAAUAUUUCUCCGCCUGGCGUCUCUACAUCACGCAAUGUCAUUCAAUUAAGAUGGAAGCCAUGAAGAUGUUCCAGACAGCACGUCACAAGAUACUGAAGGAGAGGUUCAGGCAUUGGUAUACAGUCAGCAGACAUGGAGUGCUCAAUAGACAGCAAGAGCAAACAGCUGCAGUGUUUUACAACAGAAAUUUACUUUCUAAGAUCAUGUUCACUUGGAGGGCCUACUCUGCUAUCCAUGCCUACAAGAAAUCUGAGACCAGAAGCUGGGUGGCCACAGUUCAAACUACACUGGAGCAACGUCGUUUGUGGCGAAUGUACAAUGUGUGGCAAACCCAAUACCAAAAGUCGUUGCUGGGUCAUCUCCAGUGGCAAACAGCAAUUGUGCAUCACCGAAGAAAACUUCUAUCCAAAGCUUUUGCCACCUGGACUCAUUGGGUUGUCAACAACUACAAGAAGAAGCUUCUGAAGAUGCAGGCUGACUGGUUCAACCAGACACGGAUCACAAUCACUGCCUUUGCUGUGUGGCAGCAACAACUGGAGCUGUCCCGUGUGGAAAACCAAAAGACAUACAUUGCACUCUGGCACUGGAGUACAACACUGCAACGUAAGGUUUUCAGAGGAUGGAAGGAGUUUGUGUGUGACAGUUUGCGGAAGAAGUCCCGUAUACAAGCUGCUUGUGAGAGCCGUCGGCAACGUCUACUACGACAAGGAUUACAAAAAUGGUUGGCUACUGCGGAUCAGUUGGGUCGCUGGAGAAGAAGUUUUGCCCAGGCACAGCAGACACAGGAAGCCCUUUCCACAUUCUGCCUUGCACAGAAGUUUGCUUUGCGCUGGAAACUGUAUGUUAAAAGGCGCCAGAAGUUGCAAUGUGACAGUGACUCAAGACCACAUUCGUCUCAUCCCUUGUGCUUACCCAAACUCCAGAAUAUUCCAAACGCCCCACGACACAGUGGAAUUUCCUCAUCCAAAGACUCAACAAUCAAUCAUGGAAGCUGGAGCAUCAACCAAGAUGCCAUCAAUAAUCUUCUGGAAUUGACUAAAUCAAGACCAAAGCCAGUUUGUCCAGCCUUCAUCUUGGAAUCACUGGAUCUUGGCAAUUCCUCCAUUGACUCUGUCAACAGGACUGUCCCAGAAUCUUCCAGUCAUCCUCACUGUGAUAAACAACAACCACCACCAACCACAUUAAACAGAGACUGUGUGGUCGGUGACGGAGGCAGAGUGGCAUCAUCUCAAACAAGGAAUAAUGAAGAACAGAUUGCUGGUGCUGUCAGUUCCUGCCCCAUUUCAUUAAACCAUCUUCCAGUGGAAUCUGCUUCACCUGAUGCCAACCUUGGGUUCUCGACAAAGAUGAGGCCUGGAGAUAUCAGGCAAGAGAGGUCAUCAAUGUUAAUGUUUAAACCAAAGACUGCUGAACAGAUGUCUCCAUUGGCAACAUCACAUCCCAACACUGUUGGAGAAGAAGUGUUAUUGCAGAGUUCACAGCCCAACAUGUCUGAAGAUAAACAGUUACUCCUGACUACUAAGACCUGCGAUUCUUUUCAUAAAGGUUCACUGUUGAAUAAUAAUGCUAACAUUCCCAGAGAUAAGAGUUUAAUCUACAGUACCAAUCAGAACAUUCCCAGAAUUAAAGAGCAGCUACCAACAACAGCCCAUAACAUUCUUGGAGAUAACAGAUUACUACAGGACUCAGUACCUAACAUUGUCCAAAACAAUAAUGUAUUGCCCAUCAUUGAGUCCAACAUUCCAAAUAAUGAAGGCACUCAGUGCAAUGGUAACCAUGACCCUCUCUACGGUGAUGGUCUGCUACAGAACAUUGUUCCUUACAUGUCCCAAGAUGAAGACCUGCAGUGCAGCAUUGACUUUAAUAUCGUUCAAGAUGAAGGAGAAUUACAAUGUUGUGUAGUUCCUGCGACCAGUUCCGGUUCAAGGUUAACACAGAGUAAUGUGCAAGAGGGUCACCGACUGAUGACACCCCAAGACUUCACCUUGUUAGGCCAUAAUGUCAGCAGUGUUCUCCAGGGUAGCAGCAUUGAUUCAGACAUGCAUAACAAAUUACCAUCAACUACAGAGUGUAGCCAGUCGCAGUUGAUUGAAGAAAUUUCACACUUGAAGCAGUUAAUGCUGGACUACAAACAGGGCCGUCUCAGACUUAGUUCAUUGCGCACAUAUAAACAGCAGUUGCAGAGUUGGCAGAGCAACAUGCAGGAAUGCUCCAUGUUACAAACUGUGGCAGCUGAACAGGCAGAGACAGAACACAGUAUUUCUACCCUGAAAACCUCUCUCAGAACACAGAGAAAGCGGAUCAAAUCCAAAUUAAAGCAGAUGAACCUCAAGAUCCAUCUUUUACCUGGUCAGCAUUAAAGUUCAGACACAACAUCUGCUGACCACUGAUUUAUAGAGGAAACACCUCUCUCUCUCUCUUUCUCUCUAUUUAUAUAUAUAUGUGUAUAUAUAUACUUCAUUUUAUGGUCAGUUGUCAUUCCUUCAGAAAGUGGACAGAGAAAUAUCUUCACAACAUGGACAUCAGUCUUUGUCGGCAGUUGACCAGUUGCCUUCCUAUAAGGUGGACAUCUAUCACUUUGCCACAUGAAUAGCUGCUUUUCUCAGGAAAUGCUGUUUCAGGAAAAGCGAAUAACUUUUAUAUAUUAUCUGCUGCUUCCACAGAAAAUAGUUAACUUAUCAGAAUGCGAUCAUGUAACAAGUCUUCAACUUUUUUUGUUAAUAUUUA